AUGGCCUUGUGGAACAAACAGCCCCCUCCAUCGAGGGUCCCAUAUGCAAUCCCGCAGCUAGAAGGCGAGCGCCUCACGAUCCCAGGGAGCAAGGGCGUGUUUCGCAUUCUGGCAUCCUCAAAACAGACGAAUGGCCUGAUGGCCGUCUUCCAGAGCGGCGCAACGCUAUCUGACGCGCCCGGAUUCCACUACCACAACCAGGCGCAUGAUGUCUUCCUCGUAACAAAGGGCUAUCUAAAGCUCUGGAACGGGGACAAAUGUCGCAUCAUGGGACCGGGUGAUUUUGCCUACAUUCCUCCGAAAGUCAUCCACAACCCCGAAAUGCUAGGCCCCCACACGGAGACCUACGGCGUGGUCACCCCCGGCGACUGGAUCGAUUUCUUCCGCUACGUCGCCGAGCCCUACGAGGGCCUCAUCGUCCCGGAGGACGACAACCGCGACCUGAAGGCGCUGCUGAUUCCGAAGGUCAUGGCCGCCAAGGGCCAGUUCGACGUCGUCUUCCAGCCGGACUACCAGCCCCCGGAGGUGGGCGAGUGGACCGCCGACGAUGAGACGCUCCCGGAGUCGUCGCAGCCGUUCUUUCUGAGGGCGAAUACCGGCCCGCGUUGGAUGCUGGGCGGCGUCAUGUCGCGCCCGUUCGUUACCACCACGCAGAGCGCGGGCGUGUGCGCCAUCUCCAGCAUUGAGUCCUCAAAUGAGUAUGGUGCGUCGUUGUUGUCGAAGUAUAUGACGUUCCAGAGUGUGGAUCAUUGUCUGUGCGUGCUGGAGGGGACGUUGGUUGUAAGGUUGAAGGGGCAGUCGGAGAGCGUCUUCCGCGAGGGCGAGACGGUGGUCAUUCCGGCGGGACAGGCGUUUGCGCUUGACUUUGGCAGUAAACGAAUGCUGUAUGUGAGUAAGCGUCGGACGCAUCCACCCGCAUCUGCACGUCCCGCAGCGGAUGACGCGACUCCACCGCGCGCGAAACGACCGCGGGCAGCGCGCGCCUGUGACCGCUGUAGACGGAAGAAGUACAAGUGCGACGAGUCAUAUCCAUGUGCGCAUUGCAAGAAAAGUGGAAUCGACUGCGUCUAUCAAGGGAACUAUCGCGCGCAGGAGAGUAACCGAUCCGCGAGCUACAUCCUCGACCUGGAGAAAAAGGUCAACGACCUCACGACUAAACUGCGGAUUGCGGAGUCCGAGAUCGCAGCCAGACAGUCUCCCAGCGCGCAGGCCGCAGCUUCUCAGCCCGAGGGGCCUGUCGCACGGCCCGGCAUCGAUGCGACACCGUUAUCCAUGCCACAGGAUAGCUCAACACCCCGCGACGAGAUCUCACUGCCGUACGACGCCCCCGACGACGCGGGCGAGAUCGUUCAGGAGGAAAUCAGCGAGCUGAACCAGCAUACUAACGGCAUCGAGUUCCACGGGAGCACGUCAUCUGCAGCGCUGCUCGGCCAUCUCCAGAAGGCGCGCGAGCAGCGCAAACCUGAGGAUUGGCUCUCCCAUCCCAACGAGCCGCGGUACUCGUUGAUCUCGACGCUGCAUAACUCGAGCUUUUCGCCGUCGUGCACGACGGCGCCCGUGCGGCCGGUGCCGCUGCAGGAAAACAACUACUACUUUGAACAGGCGCACACGUUCAUGAAUGGAUAUUUCGAGAAUAUCCACUUCGUUCACCCGUUAAUCGAUAAAGAGGACUUUUAUCUGCGCGCGCAUGAGCUGUGGUUCGCGCGGGACUGUCAACCGGACCCGAGCUUUGUUGCACUGUAUCUCAGCGUGCUCUCGUUUGGCGCGCUGGUUCGCGUGUGGGACGAGGCGACUAUUGGGGGCCUCGGGAGGUUCGAGUGGAGUCGGAAGCUGUUUUCCGAGGCGCAGUUGUAUCUGAACUACCUGCAGUUCUCGAAUAACCUGGACACGGUCCAGUGCUUGUAUCUAAUGGCCAAAAUAUGCCAGAACGAGCUCAAUCCGAACUUGGCGUAUAUGUACCUUGGUCUCGCGGUGCGCACUUGUCUCGCGGCGGGCUUCAACCGGGAUGUCCGCAACUGUACCGAUAGUCGGUCGGGAUGGAUUUCAAAGACAUGGUGGUGA